GCUGUGGCAGGCACCUCUGCCAGCAUGGCAGGCAGUGAGGACCCCCUCAUUCAGUACAUAAUCAUCCGAGAGGAUCUAUGGAAGGAGCAGGGCUGGAGCCUGGGCAGUGUGAUGGCGCAGGGGUGCCAUGCUGCUGUGGCAGCAGUGUGGGAGAGCAAGGGAGCAAAGUCCACAGAGGAGUACUGCAGUUCCGCAAACAUCGACUCCAUGCGCAAGGUGGUGCUCCAGGUGCCAAACGAAGCACAGCUCCUGAGGACUGCAACAUGCCUGGAGUCGGCUGGCAUCGCUCACAAGGUGUGGAUGGAGCAGCCAGAGGCCAUCCCGACCUGCAUAGCAACCACACCGCAGCUAAAAUCGAUUGUGGGAUCUGCACUGAAAAGGCUUCCCCUCUGUAAA